UAAACGUGAAACGACGUACAUAGGGAUAGGGAUAUUUGGAUUAGGUUUUUGGUUUUCUUUCACCGGCGGCGAAAGUAAGGUUGUGCAAAUGGAAUGAUGAUUGAUUAAUGGUAUUAAUACUUUUGUUGUGUGUUUCAGGAUCUGGUAAAAUGACGACGUGUACGAAAUACCCGUUUUAUCAUCAGAAGAAAGGGUGGAAGCCUGCUCUGGUGUGAGCGGAUACGUUCAAAGCUGGUGCCUUUGAUCGGUUGACAACUUCAACAACAUUAGUCACUCCCAUCGCCACCUACUUCGUCGCGUUUUCGGCUUCGAGCGCGUUACCUUGCGUGUUGAUACCGGCGGCAACGGAUUAGCGUUGCUUCGAGAAUGUCGAAAUCCUUCACAAAUCCGAGUUAAUUUUUUUAGAUCUGCGCUGUUUUUCGGAUCUGAAAUUGGUGAGAGAUUGUGCGUCGAUUCUGGAUUUGUAACUUGAACAACGAUGGUUGGUGGAGUCGAGGCCGGCUUCCCCUUCUCCUUCUGUGGUGGAUCAUUCUUGUUUGAGUCGUCGGGACUGGUGGUGGUGCGAACCACCGUGAGAGGCUAUUCGGUGAGGACGGACUUGCCAUUGCAGGAGAAAAAUCCCCAGUUUCCGGUGAAAGUUUCUGGAUGGUGGGGUGGGAUGGGAGGAAGAAGAUAGGAAUAAGGCAACAUGAUCGGAGUGUGAGUUUCGAACGCCAAGAAGAUGCACUUGCGACUUCGAGCAGCCACUUCCACUGCGAACCCAUUCAUCCCACCCGCUCACCUCAUCCACUCCAUCCCUCAAUGGUUCUCCAUCCUCCGCCACGCCAUCGCCGCCUCCGACUUACCCCUCGGAAAGCGCGCCCACGCCCGCAUCCUAACUUCCGGCCACCACCCCGACCGCUUCCUCACCAACAACCUCAUCACCAUGUACUCUAAAUGCGGCUCCCUCUCCUCCGCCCGCAAACUGUUCGACACAACGCCCGACACAAGCCGUGAUCUUGUUACCUGGAACGCCAUCCUCUCCGCCCACGCCGACAAAGCGCGCGACGGCUUCCACCUCUUCCGCCUCCUCCGCCGCUCCUUCGUCUCCGCCACGCGCCACACUCUCGCCCCCGUCUUCAAAAUGUGCCUCCUCUCCGCCUCCCCCUCCGCCGCCGAGUCCCUCCACGGCUACGCCGUCAAGAUCGGCUUACAAUGGGACGUGUUUGUCGCCGGUGCUUUGGUCAACAUUUACGCCAAAUUCGGACGAAUCAGAGAGGCACGCGUUCUGUUCGAUGGAAUGGGUUUGAGGGACGUUGUUCUCUGGAACGUCAUGAUGAAAGCUUACGUCGACACUGGUCUCGAAUACGAAGCGCUGCUUCUCUUCUCUGAGUUUAACCGAACUGGACUCCGUCCCGAUGACGUCACUCUCUGUACUCUCGCGCGGGUUGUGAAAAGUAAACAAAAUGUUUUGGAAUGGCAGUUGAAGCAGCUUAAAGCUUAUGGAACGAAGUUGUUUAUGUAUGAUGAUGAUGAUGAUGGUUCGGAUGUUAUUGCAUGGAACAAGACACUGUCUUGGUUUCUUCAGAGAGGUGAAACUUGGGAAGCUGUUGAUUGUUUUGUGGAUAUGAUUAACUCGCGUGUUGCCUGUGACGGCUUGACUUUUGUUGUGAUGCUGUCUGUGGUUGCCGGUUUGAACUGUCUUGAGCUGGGGAAACAGAUUCACGGCAUUGUUGUGAGGUCUGGGUUGGAUCAAGUUGUCUCUGUUGGGAAUUGCCUUAUCAAUAUGUAUGUUAAGACUGGCUCCGUUUCUCGUGCAAGGACAGUGUUUUGGCAAAUGAAUGAAGUGGAUUUGGUAUCGUGGAACACCAUGAUAUCUGGUUGCGCGCUGAGUGGUUUGGAGGAGUGUUCUGUUGGGAUGUUUGUUGAUUUAUUACGUGGUGGUUUAUUGCCGGAUCAAUUCACUGUUGCGAGCGUUUUGAGGGCUUGUUCCUCUCUUGGAGGAGGUUGCCAUCUUGCCACACAGAUUCAUGCUUGUGCAAUGAAAGCUGGUGUUGUCUUGGAUUCAUUUGUUUCAACAACUCUGAUUGAUGUGUAUUCCAAGAGUGGGAAGAUGGAGGAGGCGGAAUUUCUUUUUGUUAACCAAGAUGGAUUUGAUUUGGCAUCUUGGAAUGCUAUGAUGCAUGGAUACAUUGUGAGUGGUGAUUUUCCUAAGGCAUUGAGGCUUUACAUUUUAAUGCAAGAAAGUGGAGAGAGAGCGAAUCAGAUUACUCUGGCGAAUGCGGCUAAAGCUGCUGGGGGAUUAGUGGGGCUUAAACAAGGGAAGCAAAUUCAGGCUGUUGUUGUGAAAAGGGGGUUUAAUUUAGAUUUGUUUGUCAUUAGUGGUGUUCUUGACAUGUAUCUAAAAUGUGGAGAGAUGGAAAGCGCACGGAGAAUUUUCAAUGAAAUACCUUCGCCUGAUGAUGUUGCUUGGACUACUAUGAUAUCAGGAUGUGUGGAGAAUGGACAAGAGGAGCAUGCUCUUUUCACGUACCAUCAUAUGAGACUUUCCAAGGUGCAGCCUGAUGAGUAUACCUUUGCUACCCUUGUCAAGGCUUGCUCUCUUUUAACGGCAUUGGAACAAGGGAGACAGAUUCAUGCAAAUACUGUAAAGCUAAACUGUGCAUUUGAUCCUUUUGUAAUGACCUCACUUGUUGACAUGUAUGCUAAGUGUGGGAAUAUAGAAGACGCACGUGGUUUGUUUAAAAGAACAAACACGAGUAGGAUUGCCUCAUGGAAUGCCAUGAUAGUAGGAUUAGCUCAACAUGGAAAUGCUGAGGAAGCCCUUCAGUUUUUCGAAGAGAUGAAAUCUAGGGGAGUAACACCAGAUAGAGUUACUUUUAUAGGGGUUCUUUCUGCGUGCAGUCACUCUGGUUUGGUAUCUGAAGCCUAUGAGAAUUUUUAUUCCAUGCAGAAAAUCUAUGGUAUUGAACCUGAGAUUGAGCACUAUUCUUGUCUUGUUGAUGCCCUUAGCCGUGCAGGGCGGAUACGAGAAGCUGAAAAGGUGAUAUCAUCAAUGCCUUUUGAAGCUUCUGCUUCAAUGUAUAGAACACUGCUUAAUGCUUGUAGGGUUCAGGUAGACAGAGAAACAGGAAAGCGUGUAGCAGAAAAGCUUUUGGCCUUGGAGCCAUCUGAUUCAGCUGCUUAUGUUCUUUUAUCCAAUGUUUAUGCGGCUGCUAACCAAUGGGAAAAUGUGGCGAGUGCUAGAAAUAUGAUGAGAAAAGCAAAUGUGAAGAAGGAUCCAGGGUUUAGUUGGGUAGAUUUGAAGAACAAGGUGCAUUUGUUUGUAGCUGGUGAUAGGUCACAUGAAGAAACUGAUGUUAUAUAUAAUAAGGUGGAGUAUAUCAUGAAGAGGAUCAGAGAAGAAGGAUAUCUCCCUGACACAGACUUCGCACUUGUUGAUGUAGAAGAAGAAGAUAAAGAGUGUUCUUUGUAUUAUCAUAGUGAGAAGCUAGCAAUAGCUUAUGGGCUUAUGAAAACUCCACCAUCCACUACAUUAAGGGUUAUUAAAAACCUCAGAGUGUGUGGAGAUUGCCAUAAUGCAAUCAAAUAUAUAUCAAAGGUUUUUGAGCGAGAGGUUGUUUUGAGAGAUGCAAAUCGAUUUCAUCAUUUCAGGAGUGGGGUUUGCUCUUGUGGUGAUUACUGGUGACAAUUGAAUAUUUCCCUUAACACUACCCCAUUAUUUAAGUGGGCUUAUGUGAGAGCCAUCAGCUAACCUUCCUUUUCUUGGCUCCUCUUUGUCAUUGACUUCCAAAGUAAGUACUAGCUAGGUAUAGAGAUACACUUGAUUUCAGUCUUUACAACAUUGUUGUUAGGACCGGACCAAAUAGGUCGGUUCAACCAAAAUUCAGUUGCUAGGCCAGUUUGAUCAAUCUUUAAAACUGGUCUUGUAAAGAAUUAGUUCAAAAUCAGCUAGAACCAA